CGUUUUCAAUGUCACCAACCGAUUAUCAGUCGCUAUAUUACCAUUGUUAAUACAGUGAUGUUCCAUCCGUCCAGAUCUGCACCAAACCACUAUAUGCUAGAAUUAGCCGAGGUAGUUGUACGCGCCAAAGAUACUGGUUGUGGUCGACCUUUAGGAAUAGCAUCAGGAACUGUUCAAGAUUUUCAGAUAACAGCUUCUUCAAUAGUUGACCUAAUCACUGCAAUGGAAAUUCAAGGUGUAGUGAUACAAGGAUGGGUUGAAAACAGAGAUGACAUCAUUCUUAAAUUGUUUAGUGUAUCGUAUGGCGUAACGGAGGAUACCUUGGUGUUGUACAAAGACAAUAAUAAAACGGUAUGA